GAUUCUCAGGCGAAGGUAAGCACAAGCAAUGGAGGUCUAAAGCUGACUCUAUCCUUCCCUCCCCAAUAAAGCAAUUUCACCGAUUCACUUCAAUUCUUCAAACGCCGUCGUUUCUGUACUCCUCGGAAUCCUCUCUACCCUCCGUUCCGCCCGCUUCCGUCGGCGCUGACUCAGUCCGAUCGAAAGCUUUGUGAAUUGACAGAAUUGUAUCAAGGGGCUGCAGCAACAUCAGUUUAAGUUAUCUUUGAUAAUCAGAAGUGACCUGUAGUGGGCCAAACACGGCAGCCUUGUUCUAGAGUUCUAUGCUUUCGUUGUCCUUUAUUGUGUUAUUGGACUUAGAUGGAUGUUCCCUCGGUGGAACUAAAUUGUGAAAGCGAAGAAGACUCUUACCCUUUAUUAAUGGCCCAGCCAGAAAAUAUCAGCAGCAGUGAGCAUAUCAUUAACAUAACUGGUACUGGUGAUUCUGCUCCCUCUAGUUUGCCCCAUGGUAGGAAUUCAAAUGGCUUAAAUUCAUCACAGCCUGAAGAUAGACCUUCAAGUAGUGCACGAGUUCCUUCGUCUCAACCUUCAAUUUCUACUACUGGAUCAAAUUCUAGAAAUUCUUCAUUCAUAAGAAGAGGAGAUUCGCGACGUCGUAGAAGUCCAUUAAAUUCUGGCUUAUGGAUAUCUAUUGAAUUACUACUCACUAUGAGCCAGAUUAUUGCAGCUAUUAUAGUAUUAUCAUUGUCAAAGAAUGAAAAACCUCGUGCACCUUUGUUUGCAUGGAUUGUGGGAUAUGCAUCUGGGUGUGGUGCGACAGUUCCUCUUCUCUAUUGGCGUUAUCGACACCGUAAUCAGGCUUCAGAACAAGAUUCUCUUCAACCUAGUCAGAAUUCUAAUCGCAUUAAUGUUCCUGCUGGGCCAUUCUCUGUUUCAGUUUCUAGGGCAUCAGAAGGCGAAGAACUUCAUCAUCCUGCCCCAUCCCCCAGAGGCAGUGUAGGGUCAGGAUUACUGACAGCAAGGGUAAAAGUUUUGGUUGAAUAUUUCAAGAUGGGUCUGGAUUGCUUCUUUGCUAUUUGGUUUGUAGUUGGUAACGUUUGGAUCUUUGGAGGGCAUUCAUCAGCCUCUGAGGCUCCUAAUUUGUACAGGCUAUGUAUAGUGUUUCUUACCUUUAGCUGUAUUGGUUAUGCCAUGCCCUUCAUUCUAUGUGUAACCAUCUGCUGCUGCCUACCUUGUAUAAUUUCCAUCCUUGGCUUUAGAGAGGACAUGACACAGACCCGAGGAGCCACAACAGAAUCUAUUAAUGCAUUGCCAACUUAUAAGUUUAAGCUGAAGAAAAGUAGAAGUGGAGAUGAUAGAGAAAACAACUCCGGGGCCGGUGAAGGAGGAGGAGGGGUUGUGGCUGCUGGAACUGAAAAGGAGCGAGUGAUUUCAGGAGAAGAUGCUGUCUGUUGCAUCUGCUUGGCGAAAUAUGCCAACAAUGAUGAACUGAGAGAGUUGCCAUGUUCUCACUUUUUCCACAAGGAAUGUGUAGAUAAAUGGUUGAAGAUCAACGCCCUGUGCCCGCUUUGCAAAAACGAGGUCGGUGAGAGUAUCGUUGGCUCUCUUGAGGGGACAAAUAGACAACAACAGGGUGAUUAGAGAGGGCAGCAGCUUGACUACAGUGCCAUGUUUUACGCGCAAGUUCUCUGGAUGGAUGGGUUCUGCAAGAAUCUGAAAGUUAGACUGAUACAAGUGUAGUAUGUUCAAGCUCAUCCUUUCUUCAGCUGUUUACAGGUUCGUUCCUUCGACAGGCUACUCUUGUAGUAAAUCCGACCACUGUCAAUAUAUAGGCGGUUAUAUAGUGCACGUCGGACGUUCUGAGUGAGUCGUGAUCGUUGUGAGAUUGCUCGUUUCUGUAGGAACUGAAAAUUGCAGAUGUUGCAAGGUUUAUACUUGUAUAAUCACACACUCCAUGCUCUUGUAUUGGCCCCUCUUCAAUUUUGUGGCAUAAUUGCUAUGAUAAUGAAUAAUUAGUAGAGCA